CAUCAUAUACUAGAAAUAAAAAUUUCUAUAUAAGCAUUACUCUCUUCCUGCCACCUUCUCUUAUUGCGUCAUGAAAUGUGUCCUACAGUAAACAGAGAGUGAUUAGUUCAGAGGAAUAUGUCAGGACACCAUCAGAUGUGUCUGUGCCAGCAGGAACACUUAACAGCCUUACAUAUCUUUUAAUAACAAGCUCUUCAACAUUAAGUGAUAUCACACUCUCAUUCUUUACUUCUUUUGUUGCAACAACUAAGUUGGAAGUGAAAUCUUUCGAUAAAAGUCUUCCUUGGCUUUGACAUUGUUUGGGCAUGAUUAUUUGGAACUGAUGUAUCUCUGACUAAAUUUUUAAGUGCAUUAAUGUUCCCCAUUUGCCUUCCUGAUUUAGCUUCAUUAAUUGAGCAAAUAACGCAUGUAAAUAUAUGCAUACAGUUGAAUCGCAACCGUCUGAAUUUUGACAAGUUUAUUUGCACCGGAAGGGGGUGGUACUCAUAACAUUUAAUAUGGCGCUCAUAGAUGAAGGCUCACUGAAAAAAGGAGCACUUUCAGUGCAGCGUCUUUUCUGAAGACUUCUGCUGUACCAUAUCAGGUUAAUGAGACAUUUAGGUUGCUAUACUUAUUUAUUUUGAGUUAAUUUUUUUCAUUUUAUUUAGCGGCAGUUUUGUGACAGCAUAAGUCUCGUCAUGUGGGUGGUGUUGUGUCAGUUGAGGUUUUAUAAGUCAAAGAGGAAGUCUGGCACACACAUGAAACUCUUACAUCAAGUUCCAAGAUGCUUUAUCUAUCAUUACUUUUUUCGUAACUCUAUACGGCUGUAAAAAUGCAAGUGUGCCAUUGUUAUAGACUUAUAGCAAGAGUAGAUAAUAGAAGAGAGUGUUCUACUGUGAUAUACCCCCUGCUUCAUCACGUCGUAAAAUUGAAGAGUCACAUUCAGGAUAUUUCAGUAUUUUAUUUUUAGUAGUUAUUAAAAAUUAAUUAUUCAUUGAUGGGUUUGAACUAUGGGCGGGGCUGUAGAGCGCGCCGAAAACGGCAAUAAUACCACCCGUACGUGCAAUCUGCGAUCUUCUUGUGCUGUUUCUGCUCAUUUUAAAAUGUUUGCUGUCAUCAUUCCUCUACUUCUACCAGUUUUUUUUCAAAACUACACCCAGUCUUUCUUGCUUUUUUUAAAUUUUACUCUUUUUUGUGAUGGCAACUCCUGCAGAGGCUAGCUCAAUCGCCCCCCAGGACUCAAUCACUGAUGCUACCUCAUCCAUGGCUGCAGAGAGAUCAGGGUCAUCAGCGGGUCUGAUAUAUCUAGAUCAAAUUGUUCAACUCAUUAAUAGUUCUGAUUACUUUGUAGCAGUUCAAACUAGUAUAGAAGCUGGAAGUUGUGACUCUGUUGUAAUUCUACACAUGCAACUAUAUCAUCACCCUCCUUUGGGCCAUAUCUCUAGGUGUAGAAUACUCAUUACAAAAAAGGGUGAGUACACCAUUCACAUUAUUUAUCAAUUAAUGAAAGAGGGCAUUUUGUCAUCAACGGUUUUCAUUGAAACCCAGCUAAAGGAGUUAUGUGCUACUUACUCGCCAUACUCCACAAAAUAUAAGUUUUGCCCUGGCAUUGCAGUGUCAGAGUACCAAAAGUUCAAAGAGAUUGUUUCGUUUGAUCCAAAGGAUGUGAGGAUUUCACAACAUCCAACAGCACGAAUUGACUCCAAAUCUUGUGAAGUUUGGCACAGCCUUGGCGAGAGAUUGACAGUGAGCAGAGAGAAAAGAGAAGCAGACGCCGUAUUAUGCCAUAGCUGCAUGAGACUAAAUUGCAACCUCAGUCACCAAGUGAAAAAAACUAUGGCAGAAAGUCCUUCAAAAAAAAAAUUAUACAACAAAGUGCAUCAUCACAUGCCCGCUUGACAUACAUGUCACCUCAAAGUCAAGCAAUGAGGAAGCAGAACAUUAAAAUUGAUCGAGGCUCUUCAACCAGGAUAUUGACCAGACACGAAGGUAACACUGUAGUAUUGGAUUCAGAGCAAGAUGAAGAAAUGGCCUUAAUACACAAUGUUAUUAAUGAACAGUGCUCCAAAGAUUUGGAAGAUGUAAUAUCUGAGGGAGAGAAGCAUGGAGUGAGCGAUAAAUUGAGAGCUGUGUGGGCUAAUGACAAGCGGACAAUGAGGAGUGAUUUUGUGAAGGACCAAAAGAAAAACUGUACUGGGCAAAGGAAUAACAGAUGGAGUUAUGUUACUAUAAGAAUGGCACUGGCAGUUUUUAGCAGAAGUCCAGCAGCAUAUGAAGCACUAAAAUCUUUUAACAUAUUACAACUACCAUCACGAUCUACAUUGCAAGCUUACACUGGAGCUUUUUUGCAUGAUGCUGGCAGCAGUAGUGACAGUAUCUCUGAACAAUUGGCUCAGUUCAUUCUUCAUGAUGCUGAAAGAGUUAAGAAAGGAUGCAAGCCAUCAAUGAAAGCAGGGGCACUAAUUUUUGAUGAGGUAAAGGUAAUUGGAAGAUUGCUUUGGAACUCAAGAAGCCAAAAAAUCAUUGGUCUUAGUAUGACACGGGAGGAUUUAGCAACAUUAGCUGAUGUAUACCAAGAGUUAAAGGAUGAAAGCAAUCAACAAACUUCAUAUAUAAUGCAGUUCUUAUGGCGAGACUUGACAAGUGAUUUUGAUAUCAUUGGACCAUAUUACACUAGUUGUACCUCAUUUAAAAACAAGUUUGUGUACUCAUGUGUAAUUGAGACCAUCAAGCUAUUUCAUCUGCAUGAGCUUACAACACUUCUUUUGGUAUGCGACGGUGCUUCAUCCAAUCUCACUAUGCUGAAAGCAACUCAUGGUCAUUUUGGUGUUUAUUCAAUUUCAAAUGAAGGUGAUGACCCAUUCACUGUACAACCAGUCAUGAUAAACCCAUUUGAUCCACCAAACCUUAUUUACUGGCUGAUCUGUCCCACUCAUCAACUAAAGAACAUGAUCAACGCAUUAUUUUCUUCUAAAUCAGAAGGUACAAAAGAGUUCAUACAACAGGAAGUGUCAUUUGGGUGGAAAUCUAUUCUUGAUUUGUGGGAAAGAGAAUGUAGGAGAAUUAGCAGUGGUGAAACUAGGAUGGUCCCUAAGUUAAAGGAAGUACACAUAAUUACUUAAUUAGAAAUUUUUGGACAAAACUUAAUGUAACUCCAGCAAAAAUCAUGCAGCAAGAACAUGUACUAUCAGAGUUAUUCCGUCACAUUGAAGAAAUGACUGCCACUAAAGAAUGCUGCACAAGUGAUUCAAACACAUUACAAUUUUUGGAAGCAUGCAACAAGAUAUUUGAAAAUGGUUUUCUGUCACACUCAAGAGUUGUCAGCAUGGAUUCAGAAGUUUUAAAAUCUAUAGAUGAAGGAUAUCAAUUUUUUAGUAAUUGGCUAAAAGAAGUACAAAUAAAAAAAGGCUCAAGUUUCAACUAUGCUGACCCAAACAAAGAGUUUUUAGCAUGGCAAACAUUUGAUUUGCUUCGUGUGGAUGUAUAUGGAUUUAAGUUUUUUUUGUCAAUAUUUUCUUACUAAAAUACCCAUCUUACUUUGUAUCUCCCUUACGUGUUUCUGGUUCAGCAGUGGAAACGUUGUUCAGUCAAUAUAAAUACAAUGCUGGAGGGAAACUUGAUGCUGUGAAUUAUGCUACUGCUAGAGCUGCAAGCCUGGUUAAACAAGUGGUAUCCAGCCAUCAUUGCUCUAAAGAUUAUAAAGAUCAGCCCUUACAAACAACAGAACUUCCACUAAAUAGGAAACAAUAUCAAAAGAAAGCCUAAUGCUAAUUCAGUCUCACUAUAACCUUCUCCACUCUGACUCUCUCUCUUUCUUUCUUUUUACCUCAUAAUGUAUUCUCCAUAGACUAGACUUAUAUGUGUUAUUCCAAAUCACAGCUAGAUUGCCAGCAUGACUUUCUCAUUAGUUUGAGCCAGUUAUCAGAUAUUAUCAUUAUUAUUGUUAUCAUUAUUAUUAUUAUUGUAUACAUAGGCUAUAUGAUACCCUUUAAUCAAUCAUUAACUAAUAUUCUA